UAAACCCUAAAUCACUCUGCAACCUCCUCACUGGGGAAAACCCCAAAGCCAUGCCACCAAGCCCGACGCUCUAACACCUCUCUCCGUCGCCAUGUCCGCCUUAUCCAGACGCCUCAUUUCCCGCCUCCGCCUCCUCUCCCUCAACCCCGCCACCUCUUCUUCCUCCUCCUCCUCUACUUUCACUACCCUACCCCAUGCGACGUCGUAUUCUCAUAUCUUCCGAUACUUCGGCUCCGAGGCCUUGGUUGAUGUGUCCGAGAUCGCCGCAGACCCGUGCCGGAUUAUUGAGGCCAAGCCCGGAGUUAUGACGCCGCAAUCCAAGCGCACCGGAGUCAUCGCCGUCAAGUGUGGGAUGUCGGCGCUCUGGGACAAAUGGGGCGCUAGGGUUCCGAUCACCGUGCUUUGGGUCGAUGAUAAUAUCGUCUCUCAGGUUAAAACCCCCGAGAAAGAAGGAAUCACAGCCCUACAGAUUGGUUGCGGGCAGAAGAAAGCAAAACAUCUGACAAAGCCUGAAGUGGGCCAUUAUAGAGCUCAGGGUGUCCCACUUAAGAGGAAACUGAGGGAGUUUCCUGUAACAGAAGAUGCGCUCCUCCCUGUCGGUAUGCCAAUCGGUGUUCGCCAUUUUGUUCCAGGCCAGUAUGUUGAUGUGACAGGAAUCACGAGAGGGAAGGGUUUCCAGGGUGUGAUGAAAAGGCAUAACUUUCGAGGAGGGCCAGCAAGUCAUGGUUCUUCUAAGUUUCACCGAGGUGGUGGUUCUACUGGUCAGAGAGAUGAUGCUGGAAGGGUAUUUAAAGGCAGAAAGAUGCCUGGGCGCAUGGGUGGGAAACAGAGAACGGUGAAAAAUGUAUGGAUCUACAAAAUUGACCCGGCAAGGAACUUGAUAUGGGUGAGAGGCCAGGUCCCAGGUGCUGAAGGAAACUUUGUGUUUAUAAAGGAUGCUUUCUACAAGAAACCCGAUGUCUCGAUGUUACCAUUUCCAACUUACUUUGCUCCAGAGGAUGAAGAUCCAAGCACGCUAGAACCCCUGGUUGCUGAUCUUGGAGAAGUAGAUCCAUUUAUGGCGGCAGAUUAGGCCGGAGCUGAUUUUCAAAACAACCACUUGGAAGAGAUCUCAGUUUUUUGACUCCAGCCAAAUCGAGCACGGCAGCUCUUCAGGGUACAAGACCAGUCGAGAGGCUAUUGAUUUGAUUGUUUUCCAAAGUUACUUUUGUUAUAGAAAUGCAGUUGCCGAGGUUGUAACAUCGUAGCCGAGUCUAGUUCAUUCAACAUUUCAACCUCAUAUUUCA